GUUGUGUGGCACUUGUUAACCCUUUAAGGACCGAUCAUGUCUGACUAAGUGCCCCAAUAACUCAGCUGAUACUAAUGCAACAUCCACAGUGGGGUACUGAAUCUGCACAUUGGAGCACUGAAGCCCCACUGAGGACUUCAUGGAUCAGCUCAACCACUGCCUGCAGAGGUAAAUCUGCAGGCAGCACCGGGGCAGCUGCACCAGCAGUGAGUGAACCGCGGCGCAGUCGACCGGAUGCACUCCUCCUCCGCGUCAGGCUCUGGCAGUGACGAGCACAGAAGACGGAGGGGCGGGCUCUCCCUGGCUCUCUGCACCUUGUUAUUGGUCUCAAUCAGGCAGUUGUGUAACAUACGUGCAAUUCCGGGCACAUUGUGUGAAAAUGCGCAAAUGAAGAUAAUGGAGGCGGAUCUGUUGCCAUCGCCGCUGUCCAGAGCUUAACGGACUAUAUGUAGCCUACACUUUGCGGGAAGUCACGCGGCUUUUGGAGACAAACCACCCUGCACUCACGGUACAGAAAAGGGAAAGAAAGGGGGGGGGGCGUUCUGCGAGCGUUUACCGGAGAAGACGGAACCCAUCGACAAGGAGGACAACCGCUUUCUCCGAGGACUGGUAAAGAAAACCGAGACGUGAUGUCUUUGGGGGAACUCUGCUAAGUGGUUGUGAUCAACUCGGACAAUGUAGCAGUGGAGCCACGAAGGAAACCCGGCGGCGAAGCACCAAGGAGCCUCACGGAGCACCGAUCUGAUUUCCAUUCAGUUGUAACUCAGAUCAUCCUGGACUGUCCUUAUAUAUCAAAGAAAAGGAUUUGAUCAUAGAAGCCCUAUCUUCUGGUCCAUGCAGAGAAUGGCUCAUGGGUGGGAUUCCUACCUCCAUAACAUCCCAACUCUAUCAUCUGAUCCAAGGACAUCAGAGGAAAAACAUUUGGAGAACUUCAUUGAACAUGACUUCACUGACACCAUGGUUUCGUAUGAAGCCACUACCACCAACUCAAACAUCAACACAACUGAGUACUCAAAUCCCAGUAUUGAAAAUUCUCAUUCAGACUGUGCUUAUCAAAAAUACUAUGAGGAAACACAAUGGCAAGCUGUUGAAGAACAAAUGGAAAAAGAUUUGCCAAGUUGUGGUAAUAGUGAAAUCACAGACUUUGCCACAGAUGGAUUAUCAACAUCAGGAAUUGUUCCUUCAUCUCUUGAAACACAUUUACAAGACCUUAAGCAAGACUGUGGAAUGCUAGCUACAUCAUCACUUGAAGACUACUCAGAUGUCAGUAGCUGCUCGAAUGCAGAUGUCAUUGAAAAUAGGCCUUCUUGUAAAUUCAUGGCAAGUAAUUCGGCUCCAAAAUCUGCAAUUGAUGCUGGUAAAAAACACUUAGCAGAAUGGCCAUUCACUGAUCCUGGAAAUAUGCUUCCAACUAAAAGUCUGUGUACUGACAUGUUAGAGAUUAAUGCAAAUUUUCAGAGUCCAUCAAAUGUUAAAGCAGAAGAAAACCUAUCUAAGUGUUCAGAAGAGAAGGUGGAAUGUCCAGAAACAGUCAAAUCCUACACAGGACACAGUAAUAUAUCCUCCUCUUCUUCACACACAGUGGCAAAUAUAGGGAAUGAGACUGAGGAUAGGAUUGACAGUGAUGGUGGUCAAGAUCAGAAACAACAGGCCAAUAUGGAGAGAGAGCCUAUACUAGGAAAUCCUCCAGACAUCUUGAUAAAUGACCUUGAAAACAUGACUGGUGAAAGAAUCAAGGAGUAUCCAGAUGCCAAUGAGGAGGAGCAGGUCACUUCAACUACUCCAAAUAUUGUGACUACAUGUAAUAAGCCAGACCAUGCAGAAGAAGUACCAAAAGAGAAAAUGACAGAAUCAUUUAACAACGAAAAUGAGGAAUUUGAUCAUCUUAAUUCCACAGAAAGUCAAGAUAGAAUUAUGAAAGAGGAUAAGCAAGACAGUGAAACCCUGAAAGUGGAAACAAAAGCAUCUGCCUCAUUAGGAAUUGAGCUCUCCGAUGAGCAGAACGCCCCAAAUUCCAACUCCACUGACCGCCAAGAUGAAAAUAUACAACCUGACUGUAAUGGGAAUGAUAUUGAGUCAAACACCUGUCAAUCUUCAGAUACACUGGAUCGCAAGUUGUCAGAUUUGAAAAAUGCUAGUCAUGAACCAAAUGGGCAGAGUGUUUCAAAGAAUGUUGAAUCUGAUUCACAACUAAAUGCUUCAGACACUGAGAAAAUGGAGUGGAUUGCAACCUCUUCUGCAGAUCAGCAUCUGUCCCCUGAUCAAAGUCUAGGAGGAGGAAUUGAUGAAAAUGCUACAGAGUCAAUUGAGGAGUUUGAAACGUCCACAGAGAAAGACUCCAUGUUUGGCAUGCUGUAUGGUGAACCUCUAUCAGGAGAAGACUCUUCAUCUGACACGGAUGAAACAAAACUUGCUACAAGUAAAGAGGCAGUAACAGUGGCCAGACCUGACAGUCACAACAUGGACCAUCCGGAAGGACAAAAAGUUCAUUUAACAUCCUCGACACAACUGAGAAACCAUCUGCAGCCCAUCAUAAUAUUGGAGCCCCUGGAGUCAGUAAAUGGAAUGAGCAAGUCAUAUCGUUGCAGAGAUUGCCAGCACACAACCCCCAAUAUAGAUCAUCUGUUUGAACACCAUCAUGGUUGUCAUUCAGUACCUGAUUUUCAAUUUUGCAGCACUUGUAAUCUCUAUUUCAUGAGUAAUGAGCAAGCAGAAAAACAUCUGUGUGGUGUCUCUAACAAAUGCCCUCAGCUCUCUUCUGACUCCAGAUUACAGAAAAAAAGAAAACGCCGUGGCAAGCACAGGUGCAUAAAGUGCAAACUCAGAUUUUCAAAAUUUGUUCAGUAUAUCAGCCAUAUGCGGACUCACACUGGUGAAACACCUUAUAAAUGCAAUGAAUGUGGAUCAUAUUUUGCACAAGCUGGUACCCUGCAGAGACACAAGAAAGUAAUUGGUCGAUGCAGGCGGGCAAGACGUCGAAUUUCAAAAUCUGCCAAAACCCCCAAUACUAAAACACUACCACAAAAGCAGUUGGUAGAGAACAAACCAUAUACAAAUCUGCCCACCUGUUAUGUAAAGCUUGUUGAUAUCGCCAAGACCAACCUGUGCAGAUUAUGUGGUAAAACAUUCUUAAGUGCAAAGAAGGCCAAAAACCACUUUUGCAAUUUGCACAAGGGAAAGGGUUUAGCAGUUUCAUUACAUCAGUGUACCACAAAACCCAUGGGUGAGAAAACUCAAAAAGCUGAGAAUGAGAUAAGUACAAAAUAUAAAUGUCCUCUUUGUCCACGGCUUUUUAAGUACUCUUAUAACAGGGCUAGACAUUUGCGUGACUGUCUUAGAAACUCUGUGUUGAAUUGCAAGGGGAAAGUUGGCAAAUAUCCAUGUCCCUUGUGCCACACCAUCUUCACUUCACCAUCCAACCGAUAUAGACAUAUUAGGCAGGCAGUUUGCCUUAAAGAAUGUCUUUCCCGACUCGCAAUAGAGAGGACAAAAUUGUUCCAAAACGAACAGAAAAAAAGAGGAAAGGAAAUGGGAAAUGAGCAGAAAACAAGCUCAAAUGAAAAUAAGGACAAAACAUUGUUGAAGGAAAAUGAACUGGAAAAUGAAACACCCACAGCUUCAAAAGCCUUCCAGAAUGCUCUACGUUUCAAGUGCAAUCAUUGUCCCGCAGUAUUUCGUCAUUCUUCUGGGAAAUACAGACAUAUGAAGAAACAUGAGUUGUUUAAACUAACUGGCAAAAUGUUCAAAUACAGGAAUUCAAUUUUCUCUUCCCCUAUGUCUAAACCAGAAACUCCACGAACUUCAAAAACUGAAGAGAAAGAGGAUGACUUUAAAUCAAUUGAAGAAAGUGUCACUUUUUCCCUGAGCUGUAAAUUUUGUGGAAAAUAUUUCAGCUCAUCACAGUCACUGAAGACACAUGAACACAAUCACCGAGGUGAAAGACCAUUCCGCUGUCUGGAAUGUGGAAAAGGAUUCAAGAAACGUACCCAUCUGAUUUGCCAUAAAGCUGUUCACCAGAGGAGGAUACAAUGCACUGUCUGCAAAAAGAUCCUUCCAACUAUUGGAGAACUAAUUCAGCAUAGGAGCUCACAUCUUAAAAAGGGAAAGCUACAAUGCCCAGACUGUGACCUACAGUUCGAGUUUCCCGUAUAUCUCCUUAGGCACCUAGAAACCCAUAGAAAUAAAGAAAAGAAGGCAUCCCAGCUUGAGGAGAAACCAUCAGUGGGGUUCCAGUGUUCCUUAUGCAAAAAGACAUUCGAUGAUGCUCAAGUACUUAGAAAACAUUGUCUUACACACAUAUCUGGGUCCUCGUCAAAUCAGUGUCCAUUCUGCAAACACAGGUUUGCUUGUCGUCGGAAUUUGCUGCGACACAUGGUCCGACACACUGGGGACAAACCCCUCUCCUGCAGAAACUGUGGAAAACAGUUUUUCCGUGACUUGUACCUUAAACUUCACAGCGAGGGGUGUUUUCCUUCUCAAACUGCAUCUCCUGAUCCAAAGAGACCAUUCAAGUGUUCAUAUUGUCCACGGACAUUUUGUAGGAAAAUACGACUGAAAUGUCAUCACAGAGGCCAUAAGACAAACACACUCUUUCUAUGCUCAAGAUGUGGCGAGUACUAUGACAAAUACAAGAUAAAUCAACAUCAGAAGAACUGUGGGGUGCCUUCAGAGCUCAACACUGACUCUCUUAGUAGCGAUAUCAGUAAAGGCACUUCUCAGACAAGCCAGAGUGUCCAUAAUAGACUCCUACAGUCGAAUGCAUCCAAGUUGCAUCAGUUUAAAUGCCCUCACUGCACACAGAAGUUCCAGUUCAGAUCACUUCUCUUUAGACAUCUUGUUUCACAUACCGGUGUGCAACCCUACGGAUGCAUUCACUGUGGCCAUAGAUAUAGAAGUAAGACAAUGUGUUUGCACCAUGAAGCUUUCUGUAAGGGAGUUAACAAAGAGGCACUGUCAAAUGUCAAAGGUAAUGCCGGAGCAAACUCAUUAACCAUGCCAACUCUUAGACAGGGGGCACAGAAGAGAGCAGAAGGGGAAAAUGAGUACAAGUGUAAAUUUUGCACCAAGACUUUCAUGAAAUCACGAAACCUGAGACGUCACAUUUUGACUCAUAAUGAAGUGAAUCCUUAUCGCUGUAAAGCCUGUGACAGCUGUUUUUCCAGGUAUGAUCAUCUGAAAGUACACCAGGCUCGUUGUAGAGGGAAAAAACAGCGACUGGAAGUCUGUAUUCCCAAAAUCAGUUUGGAUGAUGUCGGCAAGGGUUGGCAAAAUAGAUUUGGCAUUGAACCUUCUGAAACGCAAGAGACUUUUGAAUGCAAAGUCUGUUCAAGUAGUUUCCCAAAUCAGUCUAAAUUUUUCCGACAUAACCAGAUGUUCCAUGUUGCUAAAUUAUUCAAGUGCACUCCAUGUGGCUCAUCAUUUGCUCAUGCAACAUCUCUGAAAAAGCAUCAGAAGAAGAAGUGUUGCAAAAAGGUCCCUACUGCAACAAAUGCUCCACCACUUGGAACUAAUCCAACAGAAAAUGUGACGGAACCACUUCAGGUGCUAAGAAACCGAAUAAUGCAGAGGAUUAAGCCUUGUUUUAACAAAAAGUACAAAUACGUAUGCAGCUUUUGUCCCCGCACUUUUGAAAACAGCCGGCACUUAUCCGUGCACACCCGCCUGCACACAGGAGAGAAGCCUUUUGCCUGUGAGUAUUGCGGGGAGAGAUUCAUAAGAAAGGAUUAUGUGCUGCGUCAUUUCUCAAAAUGCCCCAAUAAAGGAAAGCAAAAGAAAUUGCUCUGUGAUAAAUGUGGUGGCUUUUUCUCUAAAGCCAAUAUUGAAAACCACAAAGCACACUGUACCCCAAAACCAAGUUCAUCAAAAGCAACAGUUUGCCAAAACAAACAGUCAUCGCAAAGCCCACCAAAAGGUUUUUCUUGUGCAUACUGUAGUUCUCGGUUUUUGCUAUUUUCACAGCUACAAGAGCAUUUUUUAAAUGCACACAAGCUGGAAACAGUGGUUCCACCGGCAUCAACAGCACCCCUACAACAUCACCUGUCAAAUAUCCCAAAGAUCAAAGAAGAGCCUUUGGAUGAGACUUGUGACCAAAAGCUCAGUGAUUGUGCGAAAUCAACCUGUAAACUGGAUUCAGCUGUGAAUAGCGGAUUUGUCUGCCCAGUGUGCAAUAUGUCCUUAGUAAAUAAAGCUGGACUAACUGGUCAUCUACGUGUACACUCAGUGGAGCACCCUUUCAGCUGUAAAAUGUGCAAGAAAGGUUUCUGGAAUAAAAAUCUUCUCCGUUGUCACUUCAGGAAAUGUAGAUCAGGACAAAUUGCAGAGAGCAAAGUGACCCGACAUAUGGAGGUCCCUCUGAAAGCUCAGAUUGACUUUGCUCUGGAUGACUCAGUUCUAGUUUUCAAAGAAGCCUCUGCAGCAACUGGCAGUGGGGUUUUGCAAACCAAUUUUUCCUGCAAAGAGGAAUUAAUCGAAAAAUCUUCACAAGAUUCAGAGGGAAAUCAGAUACAAAGCAGCUCAAAUAAAGAGAAGAAAGCUGUGCAGUACCAAUGUUCAGAGUGUGAUAAGAGCUUCACAGAUGGCUUAUUGCUCAUUAGUCACCUAGAGGACCAUGGAAGACAGGAACAAGAGAAAAGGCGUAAUUCAUGUUCUAAAUGUGGACGGGUGUGCUCUAAUCCAGGAAAUCUUACAAGACACAUGAUGAUUCAUGAAACUAACCAAAAAUACUCUUGUCCUGACUGCCCCAAGAUAUUUUCCACGCCAGCUGAACUGGAAAUCCAUAGAACAUGCCAUGUCUCAAAUAGACCUUAUGCUUGCAAACAUUGUAAUCUAAGGUUCUGGACGAGAUUGUCUUUGUCUAAUCAUUACAGUGAAGACCAUCCAGUUGAUGUAUUCUCAUGCCGUUUCUGUAAAAAGAUAUAUUCAGUAAAAAAAUCACUAGCAAGACACUAUAGGAAAUGUCACCAAAAAGAGCAGAAGGAACUUGCUACUUGUGAAAAGAGCAGACCUGAACAACACUCCAACAGUCAAAUUAGUACAGCUGAUGAAUGGGAUGAGGAUGAAAACAAUGGCAGUGAGGACAGUGAUUCAGACUCUGCACCGUACUUUCCUUGCCAUGUCUGUGGCAAGACAUUCCCAACAUCAGAAAGCCUUGAGGAUCAUCAACGGUGUCACCUGGGAGAAAAGCCACAUGAAUGUGAAGAAUGUGGGAGAUGCUUUUUCCAGGCAUCUCAGCUGCAGCAGCAUCAACGAAUGCACAAAUCUGAAUUUCAGUGUCAGGCAUGCGGUAGAGGAUUUGUCACUCUCUUUGCAUUGCGUAAACAUAAGCAUACUCAUGGUAAGAGCCGUCCAUACCGUUGUCCCAAGUGUGACUUCAGUUUCACAGGACCCUCUCAGUUAGCAGAACACAUGACCACCCAUCGAGAGGAGAGCUUCCCAUGUGAUAUAUGCAACCGGGUGUUUCUCUCCAAGACUAGCAGAGCUGAGCAUCGGAAAAGCCACUCCAAGUCAGGAGACCAUCACCCAACUACAGUUUCUAGGGCAAAGCAUGAAAUGUCUUCUCCACUUUCAGAAAGCUCCUCAGUAUUCACGAAAGAGCUUAAAUAUCGUUGUGGUGUUUGUAAUGAACGCUUCAAAGACCCAGAGCAGCUCUCAGAGCAUGGCUGCAUGGCAGCCAAAGAGCGACCAUACUCUUGUUCAGACUGUGAUAAAUACUUUCUGCAUGCAUCUCACUUGAAAAAGCACAGGAACAUGCAUCACUUAUCUUUGUCAAAAAAUGAAUAUCCAUGUAAUCAGUGCAACAGUAGUUUUUCCUCCUCUCAGCAAUUCCUAAGCCAUCUUAAAACCCAUGUUGAUCCCUCUGCAGCAAUUAAACGCAAAGCUGAAGGUAAAGAUAGAGACAGUUUCAUAUGUCCAGUUUGCCAUCAAUGUUAUACCAGUGCCAUUGAAUUGAUUGGUCAUUUCCCUAUACAUCUUGAUAGUACAUUCGAAUGCAAAAUUUGCAAAAUGAAAUUUCCCUCUGGACGCAAGCUUGAAGAACAUGAACAAACUCACCUGACACCAUCGACUGAAUUUGAAUGCACAGAGUGUGGCCAGAGGUGUUUGGGAAGCCACGCCUUCCUUCAGCACCACUGUUCCCAGCAUCAGCAUGGGAUGAUGGAGUCCAAAUGCUCAAAUCUAUCAGCUGAGAUAAACCCUCCAACUUAUCAACCAGCAGCAGAAGAGGAGGAGGUUGAUGUUACUGGAGAGGACCUGUUCAAUUGUCCUCAUUGCUCAAUGCAGUUCCCCUCCAAAAGUGGACUCUUAGAGCAUCAAAAUAAAAUUCACCUAAAGGAGAAACCAUUCAAAUGUGACAUCUGUGGAAAAACCUUUACAGUGCGGCGGUACCUAAGAGAGCAUUUGCGAAGGCAUCAUUUGAAAUCUGCUGCAGCUCAAAAACAGUUUGAAUGUUCCCAAUGUCAGAGCGAAUUCAGUACAGCACAAGAUCUGUCUUUGCAUAUGAGACUGCAUGCUGUAAAAGAAGUUGGAGAGUUCCGAUGUGACAUGUGUUACAAGUCAUUCAGUCGGUGGUCUCUUCUCAAGCAGCACCAAGAAAGUCAUAUUGGUGAAGUUGUAUAUGAAUGCACAGAAUGUGACAAAGCCUUUGCCUUUCCUCACCUGUUGGUGGAACACCAACAGACUCAUGCUGGUUCCUCUCAGUAAAGAUUGUUAGAUACCAUCUACCUUAACGUCCCUUUGAAUAACUAAAGCAACUUCAAAUCCCUUUCAUGCCUUAUAUCUGACUGCAUACCUCCACUUGCAUUCACAAUCUAGAUCCAAUUUGGUUUUUGGCCCUUGUUAGAUACUUAGAAAGCUCUUGACUCAUGUCACUGACGGAGCAUUUUCUCCCAAGUCGAUUGACAUUGUGUACAUAUAUGUAUAUAUAUUUUUAGUUCUAGAAUUGGGAUUUGUAUACAAUAGGUUAGUCAGAAUAGUUUCUUGACAGUGUUUGAUUAUCUAAUGAAGAGGGUUGUGUAAAGCUGAAAAUUCAGUGAUUAACAAUGCUGCAUGAAGCGAUAUGUUUUUGGAUAAAUGAUGACAUUUCUGAUAAAAUAAGACCAUUUCUGAUCAAAUAAGAUCAUUUCUGAUGUUUGACAUUUAUUUUAAAAUAGUUUUUGUCUGUUUUGUUGCCAAUAUGUUAAAUAGACUUAAAACUGGUUGUUUAAUUUGCUGAUAUUUUCUAUGGUAUGAUAGUUCAUGUACUACAGAAACUUUUGUAAUGUUCAGUUUACCGUUUCCCUGUGUUUACUUUUUUAUAUAUUGAUAGUUAUCUUGUAUAUAUAUAUGUACAAGUUAUUGAAUAUCCUUUUCACAACAUGAUGCUGUGACUUUUCUUUUGAAUGUUUAAGUUGAUUGAUUCAGUAAAGACAAAUAGA